CGGUAAAUAAGGGUCGGUGGCCGCCAUUGGUGCGCACGGGCGCGUCUUCCUUCUCGUUCUCGUGCCAGAUCGAGGAUUUCCGCGCGACGAGCUUGUAUUCCCAGCAUUUUCACUGUCUUGCGGGAAACUUGGUCGCGGUCGGUGGCUCGCCCGAUUGACGAACGCGUCGUCCAGCGGUCCUGAGUAACGUGAAAACCAACCGAACGGCUAACGGGCCUCCAGUUAUCGCGAACACUGUAUACCUCGAGGUAGCAAGUGCCGCGUUGCUCCGAAUUUUCUCGGAAGAUCACCGCGCUGAAACGUGGCUCGGCCGGACCGUUUUUGGGCUGGCGACCUUGCACGAGCCUCCAGGAAGCUGUUUCCGCCGGGAACACCAGCCCCUGCGAGCUCCGAAGGGGUGAGAUUCUCGGUGAGAAUAACAAGAGAGGGAAUUACCGCGAACGAACUAUGGACCUGGGAGAGGUCGCGUGUUCCACCGUCAGGUGGCGGUAGCCUGAAAACAGUGGGACAGCGUAUAAGAGACAGACACCCUGCAACGGGACUGUGUGUUUUUCACGGGAUUGUUUUCCGCGUUUUCCCGCAAGCACCGUGCUCCCCGACGGUGAUUUCUCGGCCGAGAGGGCCGCAUCUAUCAACCCCACUAUUCCGGCCGGCCGAUCGCCUACUCGCACCCAAAGACGAAUAAUGUAGUUUCUCUGCUUGGCGUUUGUUCUCGAUUUCUUCCUGUCUCGCUUAUAAGAGGAAAGGAGCCCGAUGUGGGUGGAAGUGAGAUGGCAUCCAGGGAAAAGAAACCCUUAGCGCCUUCCAAAGCAAAACAGAAGGCGAACAAUGAAAGUGGUUUGUCGUCAAAUGAAAUUAAAAGCAGAAAGGGUAAGACAUUGUCGAAUCUGAAGCAACAGCAACUAGCACGCGAUAUCUUGGAGGCUGUGGCUACGGGUAGUCAGCUUCCUCCGAAAUUAGAGGCGAGCCUGCCACGCAAGAAGGUCCUAAGGAAUCUAAAGCGUAAGCAGAAGUUGAGAGUAGCGAAAGCGAAUCUCAUCAAGUCCAAAGUUCCGAGGAAGGUGGCAAACAGAAAUUUAUGCAGACUAACAUCCGACGUCAAGAAAAGCGUGAGAACGAAAAGAGUGAAACUGUCAGAAGAGAGCGGUGCUAAGACGUUUGAUAAUAAUUCAAAGGUUUUAGAACAGCAAAUAAACGAUAUAGAUAUCGAAGGUACAGGGACGGAACCGAUUAAUAGAAGUGCCAAGAAUAAUCUCAGGACCAAAAAGACCAAAUUUGUAACAAAAAGUAGUGAAGAAAUAGAAAACGAGGAUACUCAAGAUAAAGACACAGAUUCCAUUGCUGGAUCCAGCAGCAAGAAUAGUCCGAAAUUGAACAGAAAGGGAAAAGGUUUGGAAAGUCCAGAUCCUUUGACAAAAAGCGUUAAAUCGUCGAAAUUCCCUGGAUUCAAAAGAAACACUAUCAGAGAUAAGGACAGUUGCUCCAAGAACACAGAAGGAGAUAUCAAAAGUACGAAAGGAAGGAAGAGUAACAGUAAAGAUACGGAUUGUGGAAAGGUAUCCAACGUUGACACAAAAUAUUCGAAAUCACUUCUGGAGGCUAAAAGUUCCAUAGAUCUUACCAUCGACGAGGUAAUAGCUUCGAUGUUGAGCGAUUCGGAAAUAGAUAGUCAACAAGGAGUAACAGAGAAAAUCGAAGGAAAAGUAACAAGAAGUCGGAAAAUGCUGGUAGAGGACAACAUAGUUUCCGACAUUGAAAUUAAGAAAGAACCGGACAGGGAAGAGGCCAAAAGUAUAUCAGAUGGAGAAAAUUUAGGUACAGAUACUUUUCAAAAUGCGAUUCAAUUGCGGAAACGGUCGAACACGUUGAUAGGUCAAAGGAGUUUAAGGAAUGGUAAACUACGGCAAUCGGACUCCGGUUUAUCCUCCGAUCUGGAUCAAAAGAGACGUCGUAGAUUAAACUCGGAUGAUCCUGGUAAUUCCGAAGUUAUGGUAGAUAACAUUACGGAUAGCAAUUUAGACACAGAGUCUUGCUUUUCAGAGUCUAGCGGCAGCGAUCCUCAAACGAUUCUCCCGACAGCCAAAGAUGAGGCCUCUUUGAAGCAGGAACUGCUGAAGAAUUGCGACGACAGUUCCCAGAACGGAUCGGAAACAGAGAACAAUAAUAACAGUGAUCGAGUAGAUAGAGUUAGUGAGAUAGGACCCACUCUCCGCUCAAAAACUAAAGCCAAAAGUACAGAGGUCGAUGUGAAAAAUGACAAUAUUAAAGCAGAUUAUACGAGAAUAGCACCUAAGAGUACAGAAGCGCAGGAAGACGUAAAGAAAGUAAGCAAUUUAGAUCAUGUUAGGAAGGAUAAUAUUUUAGCAAAGUUCGCGGACAAGUCCAAAAGCCGACGGAGUAGUUUAAACAUAGAUAUGAAGAAGACGGUUAACUCUUUUUAUAGUACAGAGAAAUCCGACGGGAAUCCGAAAUCCCAGAUCGAUCAAAUGAUAGAGAACAUCAAGCUGACUAUCGCCAAGUCGAUUGAGAACAAGAUAUUCGGACCGGAGAAGGGUCUUGGAUUGAGCAAGAAUUUUGAGGUACCAAAAAUCGAAGAAAUCGUUGCCCCGUUGAGCGCGGAGUCCCAGAAGCUGGGGCUCGAGGAGAAUACGGAUGAAGACAAAUCAGCUAAUACGAAAAACGAGAUGAAAUCAGACAACUCCGAAACAAAUUCGGUACCAAAAGUGGCUGAUACUGCCAAAGAAAUUGAGAAACUAGUCAUGGGUGAUAUUGAGCCGGCAGAAACUCAUUCACAAAACAUCCAAGAAAGCGAGUCCCACGAGACCGACGAGAACAACAGCAUGCACAAUAACAACAUCAACAACAACGCUUCCGAGUCUGUACAAGUCACGGAGAACAGUACCGAGAAUAGUUGCAAAGCUGUGGAGCAGCAUGGCCAAUCGAACGAGGACUCUGCCACGAGUGAGGAGCCCGAGAAAUGUUUGGAACAAACGGACGAUCAGACGACAAAGACACUGGAGGACGCUAAGAAAACGGUCGGCGUUAGAAAAUCGCCCAGGAUAAGCGACAAAGGUUCUCCGGAUGGUAGCGAGUCUAAGAAGCUGGGAAAAGUGGCAAACGGCAAACCGGUUCAAAAGCCAGACCACAGCGAUGAACUCCUACGAGAGGAUUCAUCUAAAUCUGCUUCUGAAAAGACUGUCUCGAACGAGGUGCAAGCAAAAGAGGUCUCAGAGUCUUCUAAGCCUUCCGACGUAUCUGUUUCCCCCGAGGCGACGAGCAACAGCAUCGAAGAUGUGGUCGCGCAGCUUCAAGAAAGUAUACAGGAAGAGGAAGAUAAAUCAAACGAGACCGUUCAGAACGAACCUGAGAAUUUUGCGAACAUUUCCGUAAAUUCGGAGGAAGGAGAAACAUUGGAGAGUAUUUCGAAGGAAGUAGAGAGACUAGUGGCAAGAGAUCAGCCAAGCAAUCAGCAGGAAACGGACACAGGGAGCGUACAAGAUGAAGAAGAGUUGAGUGUCAAAGACACGGCCGAGUCGUCCUCCGCGCCUCAGACAGUAUCGAGCGUCAGCGAAGAGGAAGCAACUGUAAAUAACAUAGUCGCCGAAUUGGAGGACGAAAGUAUCGUGCAAGAGACACCUGCUGAGGCAACAGAGAAUGCCAAAGAAGCUGAAGCACCGACUGUAGAUGAGCAGGACACGAAAUCCGAUAGGAAUAAUUGUCACGUACCGGAGAACCUUAGCUCGUGUUCAGAUUCGAAAUCUGAAAUCUCUGAUGUAAUCUCCAAAGAUACUCCAAUUCCCGUUCAAGAUAGUAAAACGGAAGAUGAGCACGACAAUAUGGAGAACGAGAAAUGCAAAGAGGACAGCGCGUGCAAUGAUGCAGCAGCGAGCAGUCCAACCUGCGAGACGGUGGAAAAGGGAGAAGAUACGAAUAAGAAUCCGGAGCAACAGGUUGUAUCGCCGGUUGCGGAGAAUCCAGGCGAGAAGACGGUCCAGGAAAACGCAACCGAGGAGCAGAAAUCUAGCGGCGAGGAGAAGAAGAGGGUGUUGAGGGCUCGGGACAAGGCGAAGAAAACUGAAAAAGGGCAGACAUCGUCGAGCAAGGAGCGCAAUGACAAUCCCAAGGGGAAAACUGACGAGGACAAUGUCCAGAAGAAACAGAGUGGGCCGCAGAACGACGCCGAGGAAGACUUGGCAGAGGAAAAAAUGGAAAACCCACCGACUAACGUAGAAGAUCCCGAAGAGAGCCAGAACAACGAUGAUCCGGAGGCUAACGAGCUGGACCGUCAAGCCCGCACACGUCGCAGCAGAGAUUCGAAGAAACGAAAGGACGACUCGGUUUCUCUGAAGAGCAAAAAAUCGAAGCGGGAGUUGCGAAGAUCUGAUCAACAGAACAAGGAGGAAACUCUGCUGGACAACGAGGUGGCCAAGAUCAACGAGAACAACCGAUCGUUCUUGAACAACAAGUACGGCGCCGGGACGGAAUGCGCCACCAACUUCAGAGGAUUCUCCGAGGGAGGUAGAGGAAGCCUGGAGAAACACGAGGACAUCGCGGACAGUGCGCGCAGCAAAUCGGAGAACGACCUUGUAAUCGCGAAGGAGCCUGAAGUUAAUUGCGACGACAGAUUGUCUAGGAAUCUGGCGCAGAACCAUGUGGCGAAGCAAGAGCAGAAGAUCGAUAUGCUCGAUGCGCAACAGGACAAGUCUGCGAAGACGCCGGAAACAUCGCAGAAGGACUCGGACGAGACGUCCACGUCUGGUGAGUCGUCUAGCAGUAUGAACGUCAAGAUUCUCGAGACACCUGAAGACAAGGCGAAGAAGGAAUCCAUCCUGCGGUUACUGGGCCUCGAAUCGCUGGAGAAAGCUGCGGAGAGGAUGAACCAUCAGAAGGCCAAGAAGGAGCAAUAUACCGGUACCUUGAAGACCGUAAUUAGGGUGCAGAAGGAGAAGGAAAGGGACAAAAGACGGUCCAGGUCACCGUUGAAAAUGGUGUUGAAGCAGGGUCGCGGAGACGGCGAAGGCGAUUCACCAGAGUUCUACACCAUUCAAAAGGAGUUUGGAACCAGUGGUUUGGGCGAUAGCAGCUCUGGUGCGAACCGAAAGUUCUCUACUAACCACAGACACUCUUGCGAUGAAGACAACGAGGACGCUGCCCCGAAGGAUCGCCAGUCUCUUGUGAUUCCAGAGAAGUCCUCUUCGUUCUCUAUUCAUCCGGGGCGCCUUUGCGCGGACGUCUGCUGCUAUUGCUUCGGGAAGUUCGGAUCCUUGGACACACCAAUGCAUCUAGCUCAAAUGAAGUCGGACGAGAGACGCAAGAAGAUUCUGAAUAUCGAAAGACACCUUACCAAGGACUCUUGCUUGUGCGAUGCGUGUUACCGCCAUGUCGACAGAAAGGCGAACACGAGUCCGACGAAUAUGCAGACAAAGCCGCAGAAGCAACACCGACAGCUAAUGGUGUCCAAGUGUUCGGCGCGCGAAUGCAGAGAUGCUGCGAGACAUCACGUGAAACGCCGCUGGUUGUUGAAGAUAAAGGCCGGUUUGCAAAAGCAGGUGGAUAUCGAUUGGGAAUCCAGCCAGCAUACGUCUAUGUCGUUUUGCGUCGGGCAUUACUCGAAGAUAGAGCGAUUCUUGACCUGUGCACUAUGCAAACGACGGCUAGCGAGAAACUAUACUCAUCAGCUGGCAAACGCGGAGACGGAGGAGCUAAACCAACGGCUAGGACAACAGGGUGUUCCUGUUGUGCUAGCCGCUGGCACCUUCGUCUGCAAGCUGUGCCGUUAUUUCACGCAGCUCCAGCUCAAGUACAAGGACAUCGAGAACAUGAAUAUGAGCCAUCGGUCCUUUUUCAAGAAUUAUCGCAAGAGAAUUCUACACUACCACGACAUCAAGGUAUUGGACAACGAGGACGACGAAACGUCGUCGCAGAAUCAGUCCAAGGACAAGGAGAAGCGUAAGAAGAACAAGUGUACCGCAGGACCGUCGAAGAGCGGACUCGCUAAGUUUACGGAUGUCGCGGGCCCCUCCUCCGCGGAGAAGUCGAUACCCGAGCUGAACAAGGUCGAGGGGGCUAUUUCCGAGAUGGACAACGAGAAUCGUGCGACGAAAACGAACUCGACGGACGACGGUAUCGUGCCCGGUGUCGUGCAGUUCCUCGGCCUCGAGAGCACGGUGGAAAAGCUGAAGAAACGCAAACUGCUCGAGAUGCAUCCGUACAACGCAUCGGACGCAACGAUACCCUGCGAGAACCCGAACGAGGUAGUGGAGAUUCUCGCGAUGGACAAAGAGGUGACUCUAACCAGAUUGCCAAAGAGACCGAGGACGAACAAUGACAUCACGCCCGUGGUACAGCGACUGGGUGCCAAUCCUUCGAUCAGUGUGCGCACCUUGUUCCCCGGCGAAGAGGAGAUGAACCUUCACGCGAACAUCGAGUUCGCGAACGUGCGGGAGAUCACUCCUCAGGGCUGGGAGAAGUGCGCCACCAUGAUACAAUAUGACCGGGACACCAAGCUGCUCUGGCAGGAGUUGCAGAGACCGUACGGGAACCAGAGCUCGUUCCUCAGACAUCUGAUACUAUUAGAAAAAUAUUACAGGUCCGGCGACCUGGUGUUGGCUCCGAACGCUUCCCGGAACGCGAUCAACUACUCGACGUCUGUUCAGAACAGACUGAUAUCCUACGAAGGUCCGGAGAAGAUGGACGAGCCGAUCAUGGAGCCGAUCGCCUCAGAGUAUCACAACUCGCGACGCCUCAGCGGCGGUUACGUGCUCGAGAGGGAUCGAUUGGCUAUGCCCGGGACGAGCAACAUGAAGACCGCCACGACGACCACGACGACCUCGCAAGGAUCGAAAGGUAGUCCGUCGCGAGUUCUCAAGCUGAAUCCCGGCGUGUCGAUCAUCAAGAAACCGCCGCCGAAUUUGCAACGAUUGAACCUGCCGUCCACUAGCAACGCGACGAACGGAAACGUCAAACGAAAAGACGGCCAAAAGCCGGCGCCGGCCUCGUCCGGGGGCGGCAAGGUGUUUCAGCUGAGCGAGCCGGAGUACAAGCGUCUGCAGACGCUGAAGAAGCAAAAGCAAAUGCUCACGGAGAAGUCGAUGAACCCCGGGGCCGGAACCGGCGUCGCGGCUGGCACGAGUUCCUCCUCGCCACCGAACCUGAAGUCGACGACGCAGUACCAGAAGGCGCAGCAGCUCGCCGCACACACCCAGUUCCAGAAACACCUGAGGAUGCAGCAGGAGAUGCUGAGCCGGCAGAGCAGAGGCGACUUCGAGCCGUUGAUCUGCGACGUCCGCUCGUUGGCGAACGAGAAUAGCCCGACGCAGAAUCUGUUGCACAACCUGAACCUGCCGAAGUCGAUACAGGUCACCACCAAGUCGUCCAACCAGAUCCCGAUAUUGCCGAAGAUCCCGAAGUCGUUGACGGUAAUACCGCAGACCGUCACCAGACCCGCCGACAAAUGAGACAGAGACUCGAGGAAUGACAAUGAGAGACAAGGCGCCGCGGCGGAUGCUCGAGAUUCGCUAGACAGAAGGGACAGUAAGUAGUUAGAUACGUUAUAUCAUUAGACGAGAAAGAGAGAAAAGUGUGGAGGGCGGGGAUCCGAUAUCCGGGCCGAGCCGUGAAAUCGGCUCGACUCGAAGGCGUUUAAUUAAACGGCGCUCAAUCACGUUCCGGAACACGGAUGGAAACCGCCCGCACGAUGGAACGCGAGACAAUAUCUGCCUUAAUCGAGCGUAUCGUUUGUCCACUGCGCUCGGAAAGCUCAAAAAACCUACGACGCGCGCGUCGCGAGGCGCGUCGUCGAUCGAAUAUUUCGGUCGGCGACCAGGGCCCCGCGCGUUCGUUUAUAUAGAUAGAAAUAUAGGAAAUAAUGAAACGGAAAAGAUAAAAAGAAAAGUACGGAUAUCACGAACGUUAGAGGAUACUCGGAAAGACGCUAACGGAGAUUUAAUUACACUAACCAACCAAAGCAUCGACCUGUGUAUAUGUGAAAAGUAGACGGAGAAAUAUGAGAGGAACGGAAAAACAAGUUUAACGAAAUGGGAAUCAUGUUCAGGUAAAGAGAGAAAGAAAGAUGUAUAUGUAUGUAUAGAAGUGCAUAUACGUUGCAUACAGGCAUGCAUGUGCGUGCGUGCGUGCGUGUGUGUGUGUGUGUGUAAAUUCGUUUCCGGAGGCGGAUGGAAGUGCCUAAAAAUGUGUCGCGAGAUGAAGACGUUAAUUUUUGAUGACAGAGAGUAUAACGUUGAACGGAUUCGAAACACGGUAUGCACGCCUAUAUGUAUAUACAUAUAUAUAUAUAUACGCAUGUAUACGUAUAUGUACAGUUGAUAAUACAUAUGCAUAUAUUGUAUAUUGAGACAAAGUAAUAACGGGAAUGACGAGAGGGUGUACGGAGGAUUUUCCGAUGGAGGGAAGCGCGGGCGGAGAGGGAGAGAAAAGAAAUUAUGUGGACGGUAAGAGUAAAAGGAGACCGGAAGCUCCGGGCGCUUCCGGCCGUCUCGUUUCCUCACUCGAUCCGAGAGGGUUCCUCCUCCUUAGAUCAAACCUACCGAUAGAAAUAUUAAUAAAAGAUAUAUACAUAUGUAUGAAAUUCCCUCGAGUGACGAAGCUGAUCUAUUUGCCUUUCUGUUAUCAGUACUCGGGUACUCACUGCUAGACAUAUCGUUGUUCCACGUUCUUCGGGAGAGAAUGAUGAUGAGAGAGAGAGAGAGAGAGAGAGAGGGAGUGAGUGAACGAGAAAGAAAGAGAGCAAGAGAAAGUGAUCGCAGGAUGCGGGAAGAGAAAGAGGUCGAAGAACGAUCAGUGGAAAUCGGUGGUUCGUUCCUUUUGUCGAAGGCGUCCGAGGAGAAAAAGUCGAGCAUACACGCGUCAGUAUGUUUCAUCAUGGCACCGGAUGUCUCGGUUGGCUCGCACUCGCCUUGAACCGUACGUUGCUCCCGGCCGUACAGGUACGCGGCUAUAGGGACGGCGGAAAAUUAGAAAAAGGAGCAGUUUCGAAGCCGAGUCGUUAAUUAAUAAUCGAACCGCCGCCGCCGAUCUGUUAACCGGGCGAAUCUGUGUCGAGGGAAUCGCGUGUACUCUACCCCUUUAGCGCCGCGAGUCAGAGUUACGAACAACAGGACGUUGCUCGCGGGGGAUACACCGUGCUCUGUGAAACCGACAAGACGCCAUCGACUAUCUCGUGAUUAAACGUGAUUAAAAUUUAGCUUAAAUAUAGGUCGAACGUGGAGGUAUCUUUUGAUAAUCGAAGAAGGGCGGGGAACGUUCGACGAUUAAACGAUGAAGUCUGAUGGAAAGGGACGAGUUGGCUCGUCUUCCCCGAUCAACAGGUCGAAACGUGUUCGAAAUCGGUGAGAGACGAAGAAAAACGACGACGAUCUUCUUGUUAGUGCAAAGUUCUUUAGCGAAUGUUAGCGAAAGUUUAGCGAAUGAAAAAUGCGAUCGAUUUACUAUACGGUCGGGAGGGGUUGAGAGAUCGCUUCGAAUCGUGCGCGGCGAACGAGACAACCGGUGCAUCCUGUUUCGUCAUUGAUAUACAUAUAUAUAUAUAUAUAUAUAUACAUACAUACAUAUACAUAUAUGUGUAUAUAUAUUUUGUCUACCUGAGAGAACAUUUGAGAGGUAUAAACGGAGCGUUGUCUGUCGCGGCGCUCCACGGGGAUACAAUUGUACAUUAGAAACAGAAAAAUAUAUAUUUUGGCCUGCUCGCCAGAGGAGCGCGUAACGACGUCUUGUAAUUAAUUCUAAUCGAAACGAGGAGACAAAGUAGCGCGGGCAAUUGUUGGACGAGCGGAGUUACGGAUAAGUGUUGAUUGUGCGAAAUGGUAAAUACACUGAGAUAGGUGUAGAUCUAUGCCCCGAGCUUAUUUAUUACGUUAACUGCACAUAUAUGCGUGUGUAUAUGUACAUGUAUAAAUAUAUACAAUAUAUAUGCAUACACCUAUGUGUAUAUAAAUACAUAUUGUAUAUGUACUACGUAUGUGCAUCUAGACACGUAUGCCUGUGUAUGUGUAUACGUAUGUAUAUGUACAUAUAUAUACGUUUCUAUUGCAUUGUAUAUAACUUGAUAAUUAUUUUCUAGUUGAUAACCGAUGAUGAUUAUUAUUAAUAUUAUAAUUAUUAUUAUUAA